UGUCUCUAAACCGUGUCCCACUCCCUGUCCCAACCCCAUUUACGACAUCGUUUCAGCUUUCUAAAGGCUAUUUCAUUUUUUAUUUUUUUUAAUAGUUAAUUGAUUCAUUCCAGCUAUCGGCUCGGCUCCAACAGCCGUAAAUCUUCUUCUUCCUUUCUUCACCAACACAAUUCUUCUAUUUUCACGAUCAAAUUUUUUCUCUCUCCACCGAAAAAUCAGGAAUUUGUAUUUUGUACGGGAUUUGGUUAUGGAUAUCCAAAAUCAAUAUUUUUCUUGCUUCCAUCUUUUAUUCUUCUUCUCCACAAGUGCCCAUGCUCGAAUUUUAUUAUUUUUCUUUUUCCACAAGAACCAAUUUUGUGCAUCCGACGCAAUCGAACAGUUUACUUUGAAGACGACGAUUUUUUUUAAGAUCAAAGAAAAGCUUAGCAUGGAGAUUGGUGGUACAUCUUCGCGUCGUUUGAGUUUUGAGUCUUCUAGUGAAGAACAUAAUCAACUUCACAGUGAUAUGAUAGAUGAUGACAGUGGAAAUCAUUUAGUUAACUUGACAAGUAUGAACUGCAAGGAAGAUACUCCAAAGAUUGGAAUGAGCUUUGAUACUGAAGAGGAUGCCUAUGAAUUUUAUCUAAAGUAUUCAAAAUGUGUGGGGUUUGGUAUAAGAAGGAGCAAAAGUCACAAGAACACAUGUGGAGAAUUAGUUGACAGGAUCUUUUGUUGUAGUGCUCAAGGAAAAAGAUCACACGAUAAACGUGAUAUCUAUGUGAAAAAGGCUCGUCCAGAAACAAGAUUUGAUUGUCAAGCUAAACUGAAGGUUAGCAGUCGAGAAACUGGAAAGCUUUGUGUGGUUCAGUUUGUUGAGGAGCAUAAUCAUUAUCUUUCAAGUCCAAACAAAAUACACUUACACAGAAGUCAUAGAAAAGUAGCUCCAGUUGCAGCAUUGCAAAUUCAAAUGGCAAAUGACGUGGGUAUCAGACCUAAAGCAUCUCAUGAUCUUAUGGCAAGACAAGUAGGAGGGAGAGAGAAUUUGGGUUUCAUUCCUGAAGAUUACAAAAAUUAUUUGCGAUCUAAAAGAACAAGAGAUUCAAGAAUAGGGGAUACAGGUGGAGUAUUAGAAUAUCUGCAGCAGAUGCAAUUUGAUGAUCCGAAUUUUUUUUAUGCCAUUCAAGUUGAUGAAGAUGACUUGAUUACAAAUAUUUUUUGGGCUGAUGCAAAGAUGAGAACAGAUUACUCACAUUUUGGGGACGUGGUCUGCUUUGACACAACUUAUAGGAAAAAUAAUGAAGGUCGUCCUAUUGCCUUGUUUGUAGGCGUAAAUCAUCACAAACAGACUGUGAUUUUUGGUGCUGCAUUAUUAUAUGAUGAAACAGCUGUGACAUUUGAGUGGUUAUUUGAUACAUUUACUAGAGCUAUGGGUGAGAAGAAACCAAUUACUAUUCUUACAGAUCAAGAUGCAGCAAUGGCUAAGGCAUUAUCUUCUAUAUGGCCUGAAACUCAUCAUCGUUUAUGUCUUUGGCAUAUUUUUCAAAAUGCUGCAAUUCACUUGAGUGGUGUUUUUUCGCAAUUUAAAGAUUUUGCUAAAGACUUCGGUGCAUGUGUCUAUGAUUUUGAAGAAGAAGAUGAGUUUUUUGCAGCAUGGGACAAUAUGUUGAAAAAGUAUAGGCUUGAAGAUAAUGAUUGGUUGAAGCGAAUGUUUAAACUGAAAGAAAAAUGGGCCUUGGUCUACGGACGACAAAUGUUUUGUGCUGAUAUGACUACCACCCAAAGAAGUGAGAGCGUGAAUAGUAUUGUGAAAAGGUAUGUCAACUACAAGCACAAGUUCUUAGAAUUUUUUAAUCACUUCCAAAGGCUUCUUGAAGAUCGUCGAUAUGAGGAGCUAAAAGCUGAUUUCAAAGCUAAUACAAGUAUUCCAUCUAUGGUGUAUCCAGUUGAGAACUCUAACCCUUUGCAAAUAGAUGACUCGCAGCAAAGCAUUAAUGAAAAUAAAUGA